CUGCAGCUGGCGCAGUUCUCACCGAGAUCCGUCACGCAGACUCAACGUGAGACAUUCCGGCCCGGACCCCCACCAUGCGUGAAUGCAUCUCAGUCCAUGUGGGGCAGGCAGGUGUCCAGAUGGGCAAUGCCUGCUGGGAGCUGUACUGCCUGGAACAUGGUAUCCAGCCUGAUGGGCAGAUGCCCAGUGACAAGACCAUCGGGGGAGGAGAUGACUCCUUCACCACCUUCUUCUGUGAAACUGGGGCUGGCAAGCAUGUGCCUCGGGCUGUCUUUGUGGACCUGGAGCCCACAGUGAUUGAUGAGAUCCGAAAUGGCCCCUACAGACAACUCUUCCACCCAGAGCAGCUGAUCACUGGUAAGGAGGAUGCUGCUAACAACUAUGCUCGUGGCCACUACACCAUUGGCAAGGAGAUCAUUGACCCUGUGCUGGAUCGAAUCCGAAAACUGUCUGACCAGUGUACGGGACUCCAAGGCUUUCUGGUAUUCCAUAGCUUUGGGGGUGGCACCGGCUCUGGCUUCACCUCCCUGUUGAUGGAACGGCUCUCAGUUGACUAUGGCAAGAAGUCCAAGCUAGAGUUCUCCAUCUAUCCAGCCCCCCAGGUUUCUACAGCUGUGGUAGAGCCCUAUAACUCCAUCCUGACUACCCACACCACCCUUGAGCACUCAGAUUGUGCCUUCAUGGUGGACAAUGAGGCCAUCUAUGACAUCUGUCGCCGAAAUCUAGACAUCGAACGUCCCACCUACACCAACCUCAACCGUCUCAUCAGCCAAAUUGUCUCCUCUAUCACGGCAUCUCUUCGUUUUGAUGGUGCCCUUAAUGUGGACCUCACAGAGUUCCAGACCAACUUGGUGCCCUACCCUCGAAUCCAUUUCCCCUUGGCAACCUAUGCACCUGUCAUCUCUGCUGAGAAGGCCUACCAUGAGCAGCUCUCAGUAUCCGAGAUCACCAAUGCCUGCUUUGAGCCAGCCAACCAGAUGGUGAAGUGCGACCCUCGUCAUGGCAAAUACAUGGCCUGCUGCCUCCUGUACCGUGGCGAUGUGGUGCCCAAAGAUGUCAAUGCUGCCAUCGCGGCCAUCAAGACCAAACGAAGUAUCCAGUUUGUAGACUGGUGCCCUACUGGCUUCAAGGUUGGCAUCAACUACCAGCCACCCACUGUGGUUCCUGGUGGGGAUCUGGCCAAGGUACAGAGAGCAGUGUGUAUGCUGAGCAACACAACAGCCAUUGCAGAAGCCUGGGCUCGCCUGGACCACAAGUUUGACCUGAUGUAUGCCAAGAGGGCAUUCGUGCACUGGUAUGUAGGUGAGGGCAUGGAGGAGGGAGAGUUCUCUGAGGCUCGGGAGGACAUGGCAGCCCUGGAAAAAGAUUACGAGGAGGUGGGCAUCGACUCCUACGAGGAUGAGGAUGAGGGGGAAGAGUAGAGAGGCCACCUGAAGCCAUUUUACUGUUUGUUGCAAAAUCCUUUCGAAAUAAACAGAGUCUCUGUGUUUUGAAACUAAACUUGUCCCCACCCCUUGUGCUGCUGCCUGCCCUCCCUCCCUGCUGCCCAUCACCUUUUUCUUUCCUAUGGGCUGAAGGUAAGGACUGCUGACAAUCCCUGUCCCUGCCCAGAAGGCCUACCCUAGUCCCUUGCAUUCAAGGCCCUAGGGCACUGAGGUCAGGCCAAAGAGGACCAAAGAGUUGGACUUAUCUUGGGUGUGGGCUCCUCCCACCACCACAGCCAACCUUGCCUGCCCUUGGCAGGAUGUGCUCACCUCAAAAUGAAAACUAAAGACCAGUUUUGUUUCUCAUUGAGGAAGAGCUCCCUGCCACCUUCUUGCUGUCUCUGCAUUCUCCAGCUUUAGAAGAGAAGCUUGAGCCAGACCAUUAGCUUCAGGUGGGGCAGGGUUGGUCGAGUCCCAGGGCGGGGUGCCUAGCCUCAAACCUGGGGGAUGGGCAGGGCAGUGGUGCUAUGGAACGGUGGUGUGUCUGUCCCUUCUGCACCUCCCAUCUCUGCAUGGCCUCCAUGGUCUCUCCCACUGCUUUGCUGGGGACCUUCAGCUGUGGCAUUAAAGUCAGGUCCUCUCCC